AUGGCUGCCCAACGACUUGAGUACAUUCAAAAAUUCCUCACCACACUAUACACCGAUGAUGAUUUUUUGAAUGACUUCCUGCGCUGUUGCAGUGACCCUGAUGAGAAUGACGGACUCAAACUUCUCAACGAAAAGGGAUUCGCCUUCCAAUCUGGCGACAUCGAUCUCGUCGACCAGCUUCGUGCACCAACCCGGGAUUUACUAGUCCUUCGACUAGCUGGUGGUGCCUAUCGAUUCCGUACCAAUGACGCUGGGUUUUGGGAGUUGAUGGUUGAUUCUAAAGAGAAGCUUAUCUACAUUGAUUCCAAACCGGUCGAGAACACGAACGUCGAUAAGGAUGGAAAUGUAUCCUUUACCCACUCCGACUAUACCUUCCAGUUACAGUUUCAGUAUCCCUGGAUCGUGGGCGAAAAACAGCCCGAUCGACUGGGCUUUUCAGGCAAGAUAUCAAAAGGAGCUGCUGCCACCGCCCAGGCGAUCGAGGGCCACCGGUUCUUUCCUUUCGGCAAUGCGUUUGAUUCCAAUCCGCCCCGGAACCCAGACAUGCCAUAUAGUCAGACGGCACCAGAAGAUGUGAUGGAGAUGGUUGACGACUUCCGGGAGGACCUGGCGAACAAGUCACUCGCGGUGGUGAUUGAUUUGAUAGAUACACGCUGUCAACCAGACUCGCAGCCACAGUUCGUGGAAAUCAUAAAAUGGCAAUGGCGAAAGCCAAAAGGAGAUGAAAUGUUAGGGGGUGCAAGUGUCGGCCUCACAGCGCUGGGUUUUGCUCUUCGCUCGAUCGAUUAUCUCGGCAAAGGUUGGGAUAAUCUAUUCGGUGGUGCGAUCGGGGCACUAGGCGGAGCGCUCAGUCAGAGCGUCAGGAGCAGAUGGGUCGAGGACGAUAAAAGACGGAUGACGAACAAAGUAUUGUGUUAUAAGCUGGAAGGCCUGCAAACCCACUUGGACACUGCAGCAAAGCAGUUGGUCAAUGGCGUCCCGGAUACACAGCUGAGAAAUACGGAGUACAUUAAGCAGCUCCGGGUCCAGUUCCGAAAUGACCACUAUAUUCCCUGGGCAAAAGGUUUGAUGAAUGACUUCAUUUACAAUAAGUACUGGCUUAUGCACCGGUUCUGGAAGAACGAGUUCCUCGAGGGAUAUAAGGAAGCACUGGAAUCUCGAUUCGACAAGCACAUGCCCGAGGCGUCGUUGAAUGCGUUAUUUGAUUCUCUCUUGAAGCAGCGAUGGGCAGAGGAAGUGGCGCCGCAGAAGCUCGAAAAGCUGGCUCAGAAUCUAGAGAGCCGUGAGGAUGAAUACAAGAGGAACGCUGCUGAAAUUGACAAACGAGAUGGUCUAUCAGAUGAAGCGAGGGCGAAGGAAAAGGCAAAGAUCAAGAACAAAUUUGAAAAAGACAAGGAAGAAAUUGAAAAAGAGCGGAGCUCAAUCGACAAGGAUACUAACGAUAUUAAGGAACGUGUGGCCAAAAAUGAAGCUGAACAGCUCAGGAAGUCCAUUGAACAGGAUACCGAAAAGGCCAGACAAACAGAAGAAAAUAGGGUCAAGGAAGAAAAGGAGCGGCGCAGAUAG